GGCUGAGAUCUUUAUAAACAGCUAGAUGGCACAGUAAGGACCAUCAGCGGUUGGGUGAUUAGAGAAGACAGGCGUCCAGCUCAAGAAUAUCCAGACAGUGUACCAUGGCCUCUCUCUCUCUGUCCCUGGGACUGCUGGUGCUAUGCACCCUGGCUCUUGUACACUGUGACCUGUAUGACGGCCACGUCAGGGUGUGGGGCCUUAGUGCUUCCAAUCUGAAAGGAGACUUCCUCUCCCAGCCAGACCCCUACGUCAAGGUGUGGUGCGGCCCCACCUUCGGUGGCAUGAGCAGCAUUCUGAAGAACCAGGCCAACCCCACCUGGCCCGGCGAGUUCAACUUCGUAGACAUCAUCCGCAAGUCUGUCCUGAAGCUGGAGGUGUGGGAUGAUGACGUCGGACCAGAUCACCGCCUGGGAACCUGCACCACCACCAUCCGCCGAGGAACACACACUGAGACCUGCCACCUGAAGAAAGGCACCGUCUACUACACCUACAGCUACGACUACAGUCACUAGAAGGAACAGAAUGAUGGUUAGAUUGUAACCUAUGACCUUUGUGACCUUGUGUCUGAUUGGUUCUCUCACCCUGUCACUCAUGUAUUCACUUCCUUAUAGCAUCAAUAAAAUAAACUGUGUUUUACGGCAAGAUGUUCUCAGUCUGACUUCAUCAUGUUUCUGCAUUGUUUUACAUUUAUCAGAAGAGGUCUUAGAUUGGUCCGUAGAAUAUUGAAAGUGAUAAAUCAAUAUUUUGACUUGAUUUGAGAUUUUCUGUCAAAGCCUUUUACAGUGUACCAUUAUUGUGCUUAAACCUACACUUGAUAUAACUUUGUGUUAUUUUUUUUAAGGUUUGGCCUUUUGUCAUAAUCAGCAUUCAGAUGAAUAUAUUUCUCCAUGGUGAUAAUUAAGUCCUUGUGUUAUGUUAUCUUAAGGAUCUAGCCCGGGAUGACAUUGCUGGGAAGCUGAAGCACCAACAUCAGCCAGGGAACCCACAAUGUCAUCAGGGAACCCAUAAUAAACAGAUUUCUUAGUUUGCAAACACAGUGUUUGCCAGGCACAGUGGUCAAAUGUGUUUUUUUUUUAAAUAUGACAACAUGUGUGACUCCAUACUUUACAUUUGUGACCUGUGUUUUACAUAUUUGUGAGUUGCUCCACAUACAGUCCAUUCAGAAAGUAUUCUGACCCCUACCCUUUUUCACAUUUUGUUACGUUACAGUCUUAUUAAAAAAUGGAUUAAAUACA